AUGGAUAAGAAUGAAACCUAUAUACUGAGAUAUAAUAAAAAAAAAAUUUUAAUAGAACUAUUGUUUGAGUUAAUUAAAUAUGAAAAAAAAAAGGACGGAUACAAGAUAGAUUUUGAAAAUGAUAAAUGUUAUAAAUAUAUAGAAAAUAUUGUCAAGUUGUUAUUUAAUUACAUAUUUAAUUUAAAUAAGGAAACAUCAUAUUAUACUACUGAUUACAAUUUUGAUAAAAAUAGUUAUUUAAGUUCCUCAGAUAAUUUAAGUGAAGAUUCUAUAAAUUCAAGUGAUGAUGAAUUAUUUGAACUUUUUAACUUUAACAAAAAUGAUGUAAAAGAGGAAAAUGAAUAUUUUAAUAAUACUGAUAAAGACAUACAUAAACUUGACUGUAUAGAUAAAAAUAAAGAUAAAAUAAGUAAUAACAAAAAAAAUGAAAGUAUGAAUAUAAAUAACUUAAAUUAUAAUAAUAUGAAUAAUGUGAAGACUAACAGUAUAAAUAAUGAAUUGUUUGAAAACAUAAAACAUAAACAAAACAAAAAUGAAGAGAAAAAUUUAUAUGGAAAAAGUAAUAUCUCAGAUUUUUUUUUCAAUUUCCAUUUAAAUUGCAGUAGAAAUACACAAACAAUAAGAGAAAAAAAAAAAAUAGAAAAACAAAUACUCAGUAUUUAUUAUACAUCAUUUUCUUCCAGUAUUAUUGAUAUACUUUUAAAUAAUUCUGAGGUUGAAAUUUCUGAUUUAAUUUUAUUUUUUAUUUUUGAAAAUGUUGGAAAUAUUCAUGACAUUAGUUCCUUUUUUUCAAAAGGUUUUUACACAUUUAACAGUAUAUAUUCAUAUAUUGAAGAAUAUAAAUCUGAUAAAUCAAUUAAUGAAAGUGAAAAGAAAUACAAUAGUAUAAAUAAUUUUUUAUAUCAUGAAAAAUAUGAUGGAACAAAUGAAAAUUUAAACAAAAACGAUUAUGCUAACAAUUCACAUUUAAUAAAAGUGGAGAAAAAAAAGGAAAUUAAAAAAGAAGAAAUUCAUUCAAAUAACAAAGAAUUUACAAAUAAAGAUUUAUACUCAAGUAAUAAAAAAGUUAAAAAUGAAGAGAUUUCUUUGAAUACUCAUAAUGAAAACAUAUAUGGAGAACUUUAUAUAAACGAUAUAUAUGAAGAAAAUAAUGAAAUUAUUUAUAUAAAUGAGAUUUUAAAGCAAAAAAGUGUAAAUGAAGAUAAUACUAAUUGUAAUGAAAAGGCUUUUGCUUCUCAAUUUGAAAAUAUUAUGAUAAAAGAUAAUAUGCUAUUUGUACAAAAUUUUAAAUUUAAAUUAAAUAAAUCAUCCGUUCUAUUAAAUAAGUUUAUAAGCAUAUUAAAUUUACAAUUGGAAAAACAAAAGCAUUUCAAAUUUUGUCUUGAUAUAUUUUUUUUUAAAAAUUUAAAGUUAAAUUUUUUAGAAGCAUCCAAACCUUGGAUAUUUUAUUGGUGCAUCCACACUAUUUAUAUUUUAUAUAACGAUUUUGAAAUUGAGCAAAAAUUAAGUAAAGGAACAUUUAGUUAUAUAAAAAAAUGUGUGUUCCUUUAUUUAAAUAAAAUAAAAAAUGAUAAAGACUGUUUUGGUGGUGGGUUAAAUCAAUAUACUCAUAUUGCAACUACAUAUGCUGCCGUUUGUGUUUUUAUAUAUUUGCAUGAUGAUGAAAAUAAUUUUUUAAGUUUUCUUGAUAAAAAAAAAAUACAUUCAUAUAUACUGAAAUUAAAAUGUGCUGAUGGCUCAUUUAGGUUACACAAAAAUGGAGAAAUAGACAUGAGAGGAACAUACUGUGCUAUAUCAAUAUGUUCUAUGUGUCAUAUAUUGACAAAAAAAGUAAAAAAAAACGUUGAGAAAUAUAUUUUAUCUUGCCAAAAUUAUGAAGGAGGAUUUACAAGUGAAAAGUUUCAAGAAUGCCAUGGUGGCUAUACUUACUGUGCUUUAGCAACUUUAUGUAUUCUAGGGAAAAUUGAAAAAAUAAAUUUAAAUAAUUUAAUGUGUUGGUUAAUUAAUAAGCAAAGCAAUUUAGAAGGAUCAUUCAUGGGGAGAACAAAUAAGUUAGUUGAUUCUUGCUACUCAUUUUGGAUUGGAUCUAUUUUUUUUUUAAUUAAUGAGAUAUAUAUAUUAAAGCAAAUAUUUCAACAAAAUGAACUAAAAAAAAAAUCUGAGAAUAAAAAAUAUAAAAUGCUUGAUUACAUAAACUUCGAUGAAUUAAAUAACUUAGAAAAUAAUGAUUUAAAAAAAAAAAAUACAAAUUUUGUCAAACAUGAAAAUUCCAUUACAAAUUUAACUAGCACUUACGAUUUAAAUGACAAUUAUAAUAACUUAAAUAAUGAAUAUUAUUCUUGUGAUAAAAAUGAAAAAAAAAUUUCUUUAAAUAAACAAAAUAAGUCUAAUGAAUCUAUAGCUAAUGAAUUCAAUUAUAAUGUUUUAAUAUGCAAUAAAAAUAAUUUAUCCAAUGAUCAAAAUCAUAAAGAUGAAUUUUUUUUUACAGAAGAUUUUAAAAAUAAAAAUAAAGUUACUGAAGAAAAAAUAUUGUUUAAUAUGAAUCAUGCAAAACUUUAUUUACUUUUAUGUUCUCAAAGUAAUAAAGGAGGAAUGAAGGAUAAACCUAAAGAAAAAGUUGAUUAUUAUCAUACAUGUUAUGCUUUAAGUGGAUUAUCAUUAAUAGAGAACUAUAUAUCAUCGCAUAUGCAUAAAAUGCAAAAUACAUAUGAUAAAGAUAAUAUAAACAAGCUAAAUAAAAUACAUAUUUUAUAUAAUAUUACUGUUCAAAAAGUUUAUAAAAGUUAUAAUUAUUUUUCCCCUAAUAUUCCUUUAAACGAAGAUAAAAUAAACCAUAAAAUUGGUAAAGGGGCAUACUUAUAUUUAAAAAGGCUUGUACAAUAA